AAGAGUAAGAUUAAUGUUGUUAAGUAUUCUUUUGAAAUGAGCGGAAAUAUUUGUAGAGUUUGUUUGUAUUUGAUUGAGAAUGGUUGUUCGCUCUUCGAGGUCUACGAGAACGAUCUGGUUUUGAGUGAGGUUCUUAACAAGUGUCUAGAUAUGAAGAUUGAAGAGGAUGAUGGAGUUUCCAGUAUGGUUUAUGAUGGAUGUGCUGAAGUAAUAAUGAAAGUUGUAGAGGAUUUGGUUGAAAUUACAAUUGUGGAAAAGGAGGCUGAAGAAUUCAUGUUGGAUAAGUACAUUUGUGAUGAUUUGAGGGAUCACAUGGAUAGCCAUUGCAAGGAGUUGAAGUAUGAGUGUGGAGUUUGUAAGAAGAGGUUGAAGAGUAGGACAAGUUUGUCCAAGAGGCCCAUCAAAACUGCUGGUGCUGGUGCAUGAGAAGGAGAAGAAGUUUGGGUGCUUGAAAUGCAAGCAGUUUCAGUCAGAAGAUUGCUUUGCUGAAGUAUAUGUUGAGGAUGCACCAGGCUGAGAGGAAGUUUCAGUGUGAGGCAUGUAAGAUUAAGUAUUUGGACAAGUCCAGGCACAUCUCGAACAAGCAUCUGGGGAAAGGGGAGUGACGCGAGUGCGGUUUGGCAAUAACCCGAAGAUUUAGUGCUCUAUUUAUUUGAAAUCAUUCGUUGGAUUUAUGGGACAAUCCGAUAUUUAUGGGCGAUGAGUUUUCGAUUCUCCUUCCUUCGCGCAAUACGAAUUGGGAAUCACAGGCGAUAAUUCAGAUGAAAAACGCGAUGAAAAUACAUUUCCCCUCUGCUGCCGCCUUCUACGAUCGGUGAAGAGGAUAGGUAAAUUUCCGCAGGAUGACGCAAGUGGAUACAGUUGGCACAACCAAACUUUUCACGGCUAGGAGAGAAGAAGAGUUUGGCUGAAAAGUGUGUAAUAUUUUACAGUUGGCAAUACAAAAUUUCUCUUUCGUUGCGCAUGGAUCUGAAAAAAAUACCAUGCAGCUUUGGUAGUCCUGGAUUUCCCUGGA